GCCUACGCCAACCCGGUCUGGACGGCGCUCUUUGACUACGAGGCGGCCAGCACCGACGAGCUGACGCUGCGCAAGGGGGACCUGGUGGAGGUCCUCUCCUGGGACUCGGCCAUCUCCGGGGACGAAGGCUGGUGGGCCGGGAAGCUGAACGACCGGGUGGGGAUCUUCCCCUCCAACUACGUCUCGCCCAAGACGGGGACGUUCCCGGGGCCCGCGGACCCCCCCGAGGCCGACUUCCGGGACCUGACGCUGGAGGAGGUGAUCGGGGUCGGGGGCUUCGGGAAGGUCUACCGGGGCAGCUGGCGGGGGGAGCUGGUGGCGGUCAAGGCCGCCCGCCAGGACCCCGACGAAGACAUCGGCACCACGGCCGAGCGGGUCCGCCAGGAGGCCCGCCUCUUCGCCAUGCUGACGCACCCCAACAUCAUCGCCCUCAAGGCCGUCUGCCUGCGGGCACCGAACCUGUGCCUGGUGAUGGAGUACGCCGCCGGAGGACCGCUCAGCCGGAUGCUCGCCGGACGGCGGAUCCCGCCCCACAUCCUCAUCAACUGGGCCGUGCAGGUUGCCCACGGCAUGCAGUACCUCCACUGCGGCGCCAUCGUGCCCGUCAUCCACCGCGACCUGAAAUCCAACAACA